AAGAAUCCAUUCGCAAAAGUUGUGUAGUUCUUGGUAAUUCCGCUAGGAGCGCUAGUUGUGGAUGAAGAAAAACUGUAGUUCUGAAAUAAAUCUUUAGAGUGCGCUAGCUAAGUUUUUCUGUGAUGCUGCCUAAAACGUCGAACACAAAAAGCCCAUAAGCUUGUUUGAAAUUCGCGCGAAAUAAAAAAAUCCAUUUCAGCGUCGAUCGUUGAAUACAAAAGUGGUUACAAUAAUUUUAAAAAUAUUAAUCGAAUUAGCGUUAAAAUAAUUAUAAAGUUUGUUAAAUACGUUCAUCUAUAACUAAUACGCGUCCCGCAUCGGGUUACCAUAUAUCGCAACAUUCCGUAAUUUCCAACAGUACGAUUUCAAGAUGUCUCACAAGGAGUUCUACUAUUCACCGAAAUACUACGAUGAUAAAUACGAAUACAGACAUGUUGUUUUACCUAAAGAAAUCGCUAGACUCGUAUCGAAAACUGAACUGAUGUCUGAAGCUGAAUGGCGAGCAAUAGGUGUUCAAAUGAGUCCAGGAUGGGUCCAUUACAUGAUUCACAGACCAGAGCCCCAUAUUUUAUUGUUCAAAAGACCGGUCACGAAGUAAUUCCGCAUCAGCUGUGUCGUUUUUCUAUUUAUAAUUAUUAAGAGAGGCUGUAUACGAUGAACUUAAGAUAAACAGAAACAAACGCUUAAUAGGUCGAUUGCCUAAAUUACGGGGUAAUUUUUUAUAAUCAUAUUUUUAUACCUAUCGUACGUUUAUGCUAUAGAAACUCUUAUUUUAUCGUUUCAUUUUAAAUUGCGUUCUUCCAAUCUCUUACCAGGAUGAAAAUUUUCGUUUUUAUCCCCGAUCUGUGUUAAUAUACCUACUACUUCGUUUUAAAAUAAUUUAUGGUCCUUUUUUUUUUUAGUCGAUUAUUGAGAUAACGUUAUUGGUAAAAUUUUUCUAAGACGUGUAAAAUAAUUGGUAAUACUUUUUUUUUAUACUAGGUAUGUUUUAAACAUUUAAAUUUGUAAAUAAUUGUAUUUUGUCUAGUAGUAGCUUUGAUAAGCGAAGUGAGUUCUUGUUUUAAUAAAUUUCUUGUCUAUUUAUAA